AUGUACGUGCGUGUCAACGGCGGUCGCUACUGCACCAAAACAGGGAUGUUAGAAGUCAAGCGACGCUUCGGCGCCGGCGCCGUUCUUGUCAGUUACGACGAGGAACGGCCGUGCAUAGCGCCCGUCGAUGCGUUGGGGCGGUUUUUGGUACACGACGGCUGCUCCUACGACGUCUACUCCCUGCAGACAGGCGACGCCCGUUGCAUGGCCUCAUUGGCCUCAGAGCGCGAGGCAAGGCUCUCCCAGCGCGACACGCUCGCGUCACAGGAGCCAUCGCGGCAGAGGCAGGAGCGCAAGCGGAGUCGCAGCGACGCCCCCAAGACGUCGCGGCGCAAGGGAAAUUAUGUGCGCUUUGUGCAAAGCUUUUUGAAGGGCUUUCUCAGCGUCUCAUUUGCGGACGCGGCGAAGGAAUGGCGACUGUUCCCUGAAGAGCUGAAGCGGACGGCGCACGUCGACGUCCUCUUGGAGCGUGUGCGGGCGAAGGGCGUCUACGAGCCGGUUCUGGCGUGA